UGUACCGUGAGGGCGCGAGGCCGCGACCCUGAGCCCGAUACGCGGAAUAGAACGUUUCGGUAGCGGAAUAGUGUGCGGAACGAAUACGUGUCAAACUCUCGCGGUCCACGGAUAAGCUUAAAGUGGAGCAUCGUAGUGCACGGGUAUCCGCUAUCGUUUACGUGUAGAAAGGUCGAGAGUUCAUGAUCAUUCACUGCUUUGAAACGAUGAUUUUACGAAGCGUCUGACGACGAUCUUUUCUUUACUAUCACUGCCGAAUGAUCAAAAACUACGAACAAUUUUCGUUCUUCUUUACGAUUCCCUUUGACGAACAUAUAACCUGUUAACGAUCAAGCAUCGUCUACUGAGUCAGAAAUUUUCAAUUUAGAAUUUAGAAUUUAGAGAGUUCAAUAAGUGUGCGUGCCAUUGAAUUGUGGAUACAAGAAUCCGAAGAUGCCGCUAUUCAGUAAAAAAGAUUCCAAUAAAAAGAUCAAAAAGGAUGGGAAAGAUGACAAAUCGCCGUCUGUCGAGGACAAAUACGUCCUCAAGGAGUUGCUUGGAACGGGUGCUUUUUCUGAGGUACGUCUAGCAGACAGUAAAGAAAAACCUGGGCAAAUGUUUGCUGUGAAAAUUAUUGAUAAAAAAGCAUUAAAGGGAAAGGAAGACUCUUUAGAAAAUGAGAUUAGAGUGUUACGAAGGUUAACACAUCCAAACAUUGUUCAGUUACUGGAAACAUUUGAGGAUAAGCAUAAGGUUUAUUUAGUUAUGGAGUUGGUUACUGGUGGAGAACUGUUUGAUAGAAUUGUUGAGAAAGGUUCAUAUACAGAGAAAGAUGCUUCAGGUUUAAUAAGACAAGUUCUUGAAGCUGUGGAUUACAUGCACGAUCAAGGUGUUGUGCACAGGGACUUAAAGCCUGAAAACCUUUUAUACUAUAGUCCUGAUGAAGAUAGUAAGAUCAUGAUUAGUGAUUUUGGCUUAUCAAAAAUGGAAGAUUCUGGUAUCAUGGCAACUGCUUGUGGUACUCCCGGAUAUGUCGCACCAGAGGUCUUAGCACAAAAGCCGUAUGGGAAAGCUGUUGAUGUAUGGAGCAUAGGAGUUAUUUCAUAUAUUUUAUUGUGUGGAUAUCCACCAUUUUACGAUGAAAACGAUGCUAACCUGUUUGCACAAAUUUUAAAAGGUACUAUUCUAGUUUUUGUAUGCUGCUAUGUACAUGCUAGUGUAAUUGUUAUAGGUGAAUUUGAAUUUGAUUCGCCGUACUGGGACGAUAUCAGCGACUCCGCAAAGGAUUUCAUUCACAAAUUGAUGUGCGUCAACGUUGAAGUGCGUUACACUUGCAAGCAGGCCCUUGCACAUCCUUGGAUCUCCGGCAACGCAGCCAGCAAUAAGAAUAUCCAUGGCUCCGUAGGAAAGUCUUCCUCUUCUCUCAUGGUUGCAGCAAGCCUAUCACGCAGCCACGGUCAUACGUCAAAUGCAACGGCUGGCGCUCAGCAGCGGCCAGCAGCAGCAGGGCCCAGGGUCAACAGGCCCCUCCAGCGUCAACCCCACGCCAUACCCCGAUCAAUCGCAAUCCAACCCCAGUCAUCAACCCAGAUCGGUGGAGCCUCAGAUCAAUCUAAAUUGAAGGAAAUACGGGAGCCACCAUUGCCCGUGUCAAGCUUGGUGGUCUCGAAUCCUGUUCCCAUUCCGAUCAGUCCAAACUCACCAUUAUACUUACGCAACAAACGCUUCAAGCUGUGGGGUAGCACACGCACCGCUCUGUCUACUCUUUUUCAAACAAACGUAUCGUAUCUUAGAAAGCAAAGAAAGUAUAAAAAAAGCUGAGUUGCGCCGCUAAAACUUUCUUCUAUGAAAAAAAAUAUAGAAGUUGCCGGGUUGGCAACUUUAUUCUCUUGUCGAAUAUUAUUCAAAUUGGCAAGAGUUUGUAUAGAUCCCAGCUAAUCUGUUUUUCGUUGUGGUAUCCUGUGACACGGUUACCACUGGUUAUGUACAUUACCAACUUAUAUAAACAGCCCGCACGAUAUAAGGCGAUUUUUCGAAUCGAAUAACUUUUCGUUCAUCGCCCCUUCUCGUUUCGCAAGCUUUAUUCGAACAAAACUUAUAAAUAGAUCUUCACUAUGUUGGUACAUAUUCACGAUAAAAUUUAAUAUGUAGCCGUUAAUAGAAAUUUACGAGGAUGCGUUAAUGAUAUUGAUUUGAUCAAGUAAGAUGUAGUUACGUAUUUAGAUGAAUUAAUGCAGAUUAUCAAGUUUUCAUUGUACGAGAGAAAUCUUGCUGGAUCAAAUCUGUUAAUGUGUACAGAGAUAACAAAUGUGACCAGUACAACGACAAGUUUUUAUCUUUUAUAAAGUUUGGUGUAACGAAUAGUGGUUGUUUAGAUGAUUCUUUUUUCUUUUUCAAUGUAAAAAAUCUUACUGUUUCCUGAAAAAUAUCUCUUUGAUUGCCAGAAAUCGGUAUACAAACUUAUUGCCCGGUACUUUUUCAAAAAUACACAAUACAAUGGACAUUUUGAAGUGUGAAACAAAAGACAAAAUUAAUAAGAAGCUUUUAUAAAAGAGAUUAAAUAAGUAUCAAAGAUCUUGCUAUACGUUUGUUGCGAGACUGUGUAAGAUCUGAUUUUUAUCGAUACCCGUCUUUAUGUUUCACCGUUAAACUAAAAUAUAUAUUUUAUUUUAUGAGAUAACUAAAUCUAACAUGUUUAUAGCAAGUCAUGUACAGUGCACUGUAUUACAAAAUGUACAUUGUGUAUACAGAUACAUCUUCUGCUACAUAGUGAUAUUGAUACAUUCUAAGAACUCCAAAUCAGAAUUCUAUUACCUAGAUCUAACUGUAUGUAUACAUAUAUAUCACUCAACGGAUAUUUUUAUCAAUAUGUUGUAUUGAAAUUUCACGAAAAGUGUACAUAAUUCGUACAUGAUUUCCCCAUCUGUCUGUCUGUAAGAUGCAAAUAUAAAAAGCAAAUUCUGUACUUUUAUAAUGUUUUUAAAAGGCAGCUCUUUUUUUAUGUUGAUUUAUGUUUUAAAAUUUUAUAGAGCUAUUAUGUAUAUUCAAACAAAUGAAUGUACAUAUAUUAUUUUUAUUAGUUAUGUUUCUUAUAAUGAUCAAUAUCUUAUAAAGAACUUGAUACAAAAAUUUUUGUAUUUAAUAUUUUGUUGCAUAAUUGUGUAAGUUACAAACAAUGAAAAUACAAUGUCGCUAUUUGUAUUUGUAUCUUAUAAAAAAAAAGCAAACAAAAAAAUGGUUGAUUAUAUACAGUACUUAGUAUAUAUUUGAAUUGUAACAAAUACUUCAACGAAAAAUUCGAAAAUACUUUUAGUACUCGGUGGUAUUACUUUAUUUUUUUACGAAUGAUUGCAAACAAGUGCAAUAAUACUAUGAUCUUGUGAUAACGAUAUUACUAUGGUCUCUUACUCAAUGAUAAGUCGAAUAUAAACUAUCACUAAUGAAUGUUAAUUUUUAAAACAGAAAUAGAAUACAGAAACACUUAAUUGGAUUGUAUAAAUAAUUUUUCACAAAUAAUCACAUUUCAGUGUUUUUGGAAUGUUUUACUUAAAAGUAUCUGAUUUUAUAAUGUAGGUGAAGAAAUCCGUUAUGUAGCGAUGCGGAAAAUUGUAUUCAACAAAAUUUGAUGUUUUUCGUGUCUUUUUAAACGUGCUUUUAAAUAAAUCUAAAUUACAUUCAAUGGAUCUAAAUAUCAUGUGUUAUAUACUCGGAUAGAGAAAAUUAUUGCUAUUUAUCGAGCGGGCACUCCUUUUAUCAUAAACUACUAUCUUUCUCUUAAACUUUAAACAUGAUAAUCACUUUGAACUAUCACAUUAGACAUCCGUCCGUGUACCGGGCACUAUUCGUGUAGUAAAUAUGUAUUAAACAAAAAAAGAAAGAAACAGAAACCAUUGAGGAAUUUAUAGAAUGCUACGUAAUAAUUUUGAAAUUGAUAAUAAUUAUAUUAAUUAUAAGACAGAUAUUAUUGUUCUUCAAAAAGUAAUUUAGGACAGAAACGUAUAUGAAGGAUGCUACGAUACAUGUAAUAAUCAUUUAUUUUUCUUUGAAUAUUGUAGUAUCAAAAUUCCAAUUGAUCAGAGGUCUUUCAUUGCGCAAAAUAAUAUACCAUUCUAAAGUGCCUCAGAUGAUACGAUGAUGGAAUAUAAAAGGAAAUAUUUGUUACAAGAAUUCUGUAUGAUUUUAUAUGUUUGGAGAGAUUAAUUUGUUAGCAUUAAUCGUUAUAUAGUAUCAGUUAUCUUUACUUAAGAAUGAAAGAUUUGUACUUUCAUUUCAGUCGAUAGAUUUAUUUGUAUUGAAAUAUUUACAGUUAAUUUAUACAAUUUUGUUUCGUUACCAUCAUCGUGUCAUCUAAUAAGGAGCGUUCGCUAAAACAGCAUUUUUUUAUGCUAUACAUUUGUGCGUUGUCGAUGAGCUUGUAAUUUAAAGUUCUAGACAAAAGUAAAAGAAGCUUAGCUUGUACUUAGAAGAAGAAGAAAAGAAAAAAAAAAACAAAAACGAAAAAACCGUGCCACAUGAAUAAACAUAUCGGCAGGAA